UGAGAAUACAGUGAGAUAAUUAAUAUCCAAGCAUUUGGUAAUCGAUUCAAACACCAGUGAAGGAUAUUGUGUCUAAAUCAAGAUCAUUUCUGGUCUUCCAGGUACAUAUAUUGUAAUAAAUAAUCCGUGGUUUGGAAAUACGCCUCGCGGGGUCCAGCUUCUCGUGUGAAAGUGAAAGUAUGAGCGCAGCAGUGAAAGUGAAAGUGAAAGUCAGUUUAUGUCUAAUGAUAGAAAUUAUCACCUUAUUGUUUUGACUCAUUCCACAACCUGACCGCAUCGACCACUAUGAUCUGAUCCUCAUCAAUCUACCCUUAAAAGCCGUCCAGGAAAGAUAGAUAGCUUCUGCAUGCUUUGGCGUAAUCAAAUAAACCAAACCAAACUCCAUCCAUCUGAAAAUGUGUGGAAUGAAAAUUUUUUAAUUGUGAAUUUGGUUUAUGAAAAUCGCGAUGUAUAACGUUGAUAGAAGAAUUAAUACUUCUUAUGACUAUAAAAUUGCCAGAGAAUUUAUGUAACUGACUACAUUACCAUACAAGUAAAUGAAGUUCUGCCUUUUUUUUUUUUUUAAUAGUUCUUGUGAACAAGUGACCCAUAUUGUUCAUAAAAUCAUUAGCCAAAAGUACAGAACUGCUGUUUCUGGCAGAAGAUGGCUUCAAGCAUAAAGGAUUUGGGUUUUCGCAUGGAACAAGAACUGACCCAAGAAAUUACUGUUUUGAAUUUCAGUACCUAUGAUGUUGGACAGUGUGAUAUCUUACGUCUGAACCAUGAUGCUUUGGGAAUGACUGUUUUCACUGAGAAAAUUUUCCCAAAUGGUAACAAUUUUCUAAAUGAAGGAUAUGUUUCUAUUGAAAUUUCAAACAUUCCUCAGAAUGUCAUUCUCAAAUGUGUUGCAUCAGUGAUAGACAUUGAAGGUAAUUCUAGGUAUAUCCAGUCUUUUACAAAUGAAACUUCAGACACUGUUAUUGGGCUGGAGAGAUUUGUCAAUAGAAAUACUUUAUUGACUAAUCAUUUAGAAUAUCUACCAGAUGAUAAACUCACUAUACAGUUAGAAAUCAGUAGUAUCAUAGCUUCAGAGGAGGGAGUAAUAAUAGAUAAACCAUCAGAGAAUGCAUGUAAAAUUGAGAUAAAGGAUUCAAAUCAUGAAAUAGAAACUUUCAAUUUUCAAAUAGAAACAAAAGAUGGUAAAAGUGAGUCUUUAAUUCUCAAAAAAGGAGCAUGGUUUAUGAGAAAUCCUCUUUGUAAAAAAUCACCUGUUUUUGCCAAAUUGUUGUCAGCUGCUAUGCAGGAGAAAGAAAGAAAUAAAGUUACUAUUACUGAUAUGGAUCAUAAUACUUUAAAGAAUUUUCUUAGUUUUGUGCAUAGUGAUUCAAUGAUAUUUGAGAAUGUCCAAGAUAUUGUAGAUCUUUAUGAAGCUGCAGAUAAAUAUGAAGUCUUAGACCUGAAAUAUGAGUGUGCACGAGAUUUAAUACGUAAUCUAAGACCAGAAAAUGUUUGCAAUGCUUUGCUUUUAGCAGAUAUGCAUAGUGACAGGGCGUUAAAAUAUACUAGUAUGUUUUAUAUUCAAGAGUUCUUGGAUGAAGUUUCUGAAACUGAAUCUUGGAAAUUGUUAAUGGAAAACUUUCCAGGAUUAGCAGACGAAACAAUGAAUUUCAGCCACUCAGAAAUUAAAGAAAAGUUGAGUGAAGAACACAAAACAAAAGAUCAGCCAUCAUGUUCUAAAACAACAGAUUCCAAUGAGGUAUUCCAGUUUUACAGCUGAAAACUAAGUUAGAAACUGUGCUUGAGUUCACAUUUUCUGUGAAGAGAGUCAAAAAGCUUUAUUUUGUUAAAUGGUGAUUUUCAUGUAAUUAAGAAAGUUUGUUUUGCUUAUAAUAAUCAUACAGAGUGCCAAAUAUUAGAUGCAACUGUGCCUUUAGGUUUUUGGCCAUAAUUAUUUUGACCUAGGGAAGUAGUUGUGGUCAAAUAACAAAUAUGUGAUGAAACAGUUAUGGCUUUUGGCAAUUAUAUUUCAGAGAAAUUUGUAUACACCUUAUCAUUAUGUACAUUAUUUAUCACCAUUUAUCUAUGAGCAGAUUAUAGGAUCUAGAAGAUAUAUUACAUCCAAAAUGGUGAAUGUUUAUAGAUUUUCAGAUAAAAAUAAGAGCAUACUGAAAAUAUGUUGUUUCCAACCAGCAGCAAUAGGUGAAAACAACAGAUAAUCGGGUGUAGUGCAUGAACAAGACACCUAGCACUAAAAAGAAGAGGGAUACAUGAAACUGCUUGCCAUCAUUCGAAGUGCUAUAUAUAUAACACAUGAGGAAAUUUGGUUGUUGUGAACUGACUCGGAUAACAAUGUUGAGGCUGUGACAUCUGGUAAUAGAACAAAGUAUAUCGUCAUUGGACUGUAGGUGACUAACAGCCUAUAGCCUAAUUAAAUGUAGGAUAGUAGACCAUAGGGUUACUUGAAUCAUAAACCAUAGGAUAACUUUACUGGGUUACUUAUGUGGCACUCGUAUUCAUGUAUGGGAGAAACUGCUUGAAGAUGUAUAUACAUUUUGUUAGACCUUUUACAGACUUAUUUUACAAAACAAACUGUAUUGUCAGGUGUUACUUACUGUUAUAGAAUAGCUGUAUUGCCAGCUGAAAAGUGUUCUGUUGGAAUCCACAUGGCUUUCCAGUGCAACUAAUAAUAGGAUCCACAUGCACAGAUUUUGUUGUAUGUGCUCUGUUGCAGUUCAAAUGGCUUACUUGCAUAAUUAGUCUUCCUUGGUAGGGUCCAUGUACAGAGAUCUUGUUGCAUGUGAUUUACAUUCCUUUAUGGAUGAUAACAAUAAUAGAUUGUUUCUGGCAGUAGGAUAAUGCAACCCUCCAUCAUGUGUAGGUGACACACAAAGUUGAGUUUUUGAAUCUUUGAAUCUUUGAAUAACUACCAGAUACUAUGCUGGCUCCGAAACUCAACAGAUUUAUUUAAAUGUUAGUUUACCACUUAUGGUAUUGCAUGCACAUUGCUCUAAAUGCAUUCAGAAACAUUAAAGAUAUAUAGAGCUGUAUUUUGGACAGACAUAAAAUGUAAAAUAUAUUUUUACCAUUACUUCAGUGUCUUGUUAAUGCAAUAUCACUUUGUAUAGCCUAAUAUUCAACUAUAUGUUAUGAUUAAGUUAAGUAUUUAGCCUUUCAAUGUUAUAUGGAUAACUGAAGCUUUUUUUAAAAAAAAUCUGAUCAACUUUUCUAGUUUGAAAUGACUUGUUAACCAUGCUAUCAAAAAACAAAUUUUUCUAGCAACAUGAUUCAACCAGCUUGCUCCACCACUAGAUGUUUAAACUGGACUGCUGUUCUAUAACUUUAGUUACUAGACCAUUUUUAGACUCAUCAGUGUCAAUGAUUAAUGCUUAAGAAAAAUUUGGGAAGCACUUCCGCAGAGAACCCGGUAAAUGUAAACAUCGCCAACUUUGGCGAUAAUAGUUCAAAUCUGGUAACCCAGCAGAUUUAUCCUAUUCGCUUGUUCGAGUGUAACCAUUCC